AUGGCCAACGUCUUCAUCGUCGCUGCUAAGCGUACCCCCUUCGGCGCCUUCGGCGGAAAGCUCAAGGACUACAGCGCUGCUGAGUUGGGCGCUUUCGCUUCCAAGGCCGCCCUCGCAGAUGUCGGCAAGCAAGUCCCCAUCGACUCUGUCAUCGUCGGAAACGUCGCCCAAACCGACGCUGCAGGCGCCUACCUUGCCCGCCACGUCGGCCUCCGCGCCGGCCUCGACGUCACCAUCCCCGCCCUCACCGUCAACCGUCUCUGUGGAUCGGGCUUCCAGUCGAUCAUUAACGCUGCCCAUGAGAUCGCUGUUGGUGAUGCCAACAUUGUCUUGACCGGUGGAGCCGAGUCCAUGUCGCUCGCACCUUAUGCUUUGAGAGGUGUUCGUUUUGGUAGCACUAGAUUUGGAGUUGAUCUGAAGUUGGAGGAUACCCUGGCUGCGGCUUUGGUCGAUCGCUUCCCCAAGGAGACCCCUAUGGGAAUCACUGCUGAGAACUUGGCUCAGGAGCAUAACAUCUCCCGUCUGGAUUGUGAUGAGUACGCUCUCUUGUCCCAGCAGCGUUGGGCCGCUGCCAACAAGGCCGGUCGCUUCACCGCAGAGAUCGCCCCCGUUGAGUACAAGGUCAAGAAGGCCUUCGAGACCCUGAGCCACGACGAACACGCUCGCCCCACAACCACCAUCGAGUCCCUCUCCAAGCUCCCCUCCGUCUUCAAGAAGGAUGGAACUGUCUCGGCCGGAAACGCCUCCGGUAUCGCUGAUGGUGCCGGUGCCAUCGUCGUCGCCUCGGAGCAGGCCAUCAAGGAGCACGGAUUGAAGCCCCUCGCAAAGGUCGUCUCCUGGCACGUCACCGCCGUCGAGCCCUCCAUCAUGGGUAUCGGCCCCGUCUCUGCUAUCCAGGGUGCCCUCAAGAAGGCCGGUUUGACCCUCAAGGAUAUGGACCUUGUCGAGGUCAACGAGGCCUUUGCUGCCCAGUACUUGGCCGUUGAGAAGGUUUUGGGUCUCGACCGCUCAAAGACCAACUUGAACGGUGGUGCCAUUGCUCUCGGACAUCCUCUCGGCGCCUCCGGCUCCCGUAUCAUGGCUCACUUGUCCCAUGAGCUCCAGCGCACCCAGGGCAAGUACGCCAUCGGCUCUGCCUGCAUCGGUGGUGGUCAGGGUAUCGCCGUCGUCAUCGAAAGAUGCUAA